AUGGGCCUUCAACUUAUACUUCAGAAAUAUAGUGCUGAUCUGAGAACAUCAAACUCUAACAGAAUAAUAAAAUUUGUCAUACAGUUUAUUGAAGUGUCGGACAUCAAUUUAUGCCCUGUGGGAGUAGCAGCAGCAGCGGCCAUAGUAUCGGCUAAGAAACGCAAACGACCACACUCAUUUGAGACCAAUCCCUCAAUUAGGAAGAGGCAGCAGAAUAGAUUGCUUCGAAAGUUACGGCAAACAAUCGAUGAAUUUGCGACGAGGGUAGGGCAGCAGGCUGUUGUAGUUGUAGCAACGCCUGGCAAGCCCCAAAACAGCUUCAAAGUGUUUGGGGCUAAACCACUAGAAGAUGUGAUGAGGAACAUCCGCACAAUGAUAAUGGAUGAAUUGGAAUCUGCAUUAGCACAACAAGCUCCACCACCCGUCCAGGAAGACCCGUCGCUGUAUGAAUUACCUCCACUUAUCAUCGACGGUAUCCCUACGCCUGUCGAAAAGAUGACUCAAGCACAACUGCGAGCCUUCAUUCCUCUGAUGCUCAAAUAUUCGACAGGGCGUGGGAAACCUGGCUGGGGUCGUGAGUCGACGAGACCUCCUUGGUGGCCCAAGGAACUGCCUUGGGCAAAUGUGCGUAUGGAUGCGCGCACAGAGGAUGAGAAGCAAAAGAUAUCGUGGACACAUGCUCUGCGCCAAAUAGUCAUCAACUGCUACAAGUACCAUGGGAGGGAAGAUCUGCUCCCUGCAUUCAGUGAGGAUGAAGAGGCCAACGGGACUGUGACAGCAGUCGUUUCUGGCAGCUCUUCUAGUAACACUGGCUCAGCAUCACUUGUGGGCACUGCUGCUACCAGUACUGGUACUGCGACCAUUGUGGGAACAGCGAAUAGGAGUUCAGUGUCUGCUGCAACACAGGCAACAGUGACAGCGCAGUAUGCUCCAGCAGUUCUGCAGACAAUUAGCAACGCAGAUGGUACAGUCUCCAUCAUCCAGGUGGACCCAAAUAAUCCUAUCAUCACAUUACCUGAUGGUACAACUGCUCAAGUCCAGAGUGUCACGGCUCUGGCUGAAGUUGGCCCAGGUCAAGGUGAAAAUGUGGCUGUGGACCUUAACAGUGUAACAGAAGCCACUCUUAAUCAGGAUGGCCAGAUCAUUCUUACUGCAGAGGAUGGUCAUGGUUAUCCAGUAUCUGUCUCUGGAAUGAUAACUGUGCCAGUCACUGGAUCGAUGUAUCAAACUGUGGUGGCAAAUCUACAACACCUCCAUCCACAAGGAGAGCCAGGUAGUUUGCAGGGUGAAGACCGUCUGUUCCAGGUGGUGACACCAAUGGUACAGGUACCAAAGGCAGAGCCAGGGGGUGAUGCAUCUGCUGCCACAGAGGUGGAGGCUAUCACAGUAACGCCCCAGCAGUUGCUGGGACCGCACCAGCUAGUUAGUGUCCCUGGUGAACCACAGCUACUGCAGGUUCUGUCUCUGAAAGAGAGCCCACCAACUCCAGGUAAUGCAGCUGUGCACACCCCUCCUCACAGAUCAACUAUGCAGUUACUGUCUCUCAAGGACAGCUCAUCAACUCCAGGUAAUGCACCAGUGCAGACCCCACCUCACAGACCGACCACGCCGGCUGGUAAAAGGUCAGCGGCUGUCGGCCCAGGAGAAUCGUCGGUAGUGGAGGUCAGCAUCGAUGUCAAAGAGGAAGACGCACCUGCGCCGACAUCAGUGUCCGGCACAGGUGGAUCGAGUUCUGAUCAGUGACGACUUACGGCCCCUAGUCAUCUCAAGGCUUUGAGUUGUCGUGGAGUGUAGCUCUUGCAGAGGAUACCUGAAAAUGGGUUACUUCACCAGAACUGGAGAAAUAAUUGAAGACUCCUUUACAUUAGUACCUGUUUUGAGCCUCGUCAAGAGGUGACAGCUCCACUGUCUGUUUCUGUCUCUCUCAGUACCAUAUGUCCAAAAUGCAGGACAAGUUUUGGAGUUUGUAGUUUAUUUUCCAUCUGCUGUAGUUUGUGAGUCCUUUUCGUAGGGUUUGGUUUGGUAUCUUUCUCUUUUGGAAGAGUGACACUACCAACAAGUGUGUGUUCCUCUCACAUGAAGAAAGUCUGUAGCUUUAAACAGAGUGUUUCACUCAAUGUUGCAGUAUCACAUGAGUAUGGUAUUUAAUCUGUAAAACUGUGUUGUUUAUUCAGUCAUCCAGUAACACAUACUCCUACAGAAAAAAAAUUUCAGUGUUUAUUUAAUGUUGCAGUAUUAGUAAAGUGCAACUAUAGUAUUUGAACUUAAAGAUCAGUUAAAAAUUCCGAAGUUAUUGGUACCAUUAUGAUCUGACAGAGGUCAGAGCGCUGUGUUUCCUCCCCUUUGUAAUGAAUACAGAGCUUCAGUUAUUUCAAAACAAAAUCGUCAACAUUACUUCAGCUGUGAGUUGUGGAUGUGAAGUGUUCCUCACUUACACAGUAAGAAAACUACAUCUGUCAUAAAUAAUAUUUUUCUUCAACAUUCAUUUGCAAGAACUAAUAAUCUUAUGCAUACAAAUUAUUUGGUCAAACUUCUGUGAAUAUUAUCUUGCACAGAGAUUGUCAAAAUAUGUGUAUGAAAUCUGUUCGUAGUGAAUUAAAUCAUUCACAUACCAGAUAAAGUUUUUAAUAUUAUUAAGGAGCUAUGGAAGCAGAUCUCCAUGAGCUUUAAUGUUAAAAGAGAAAGAUCACCAUGUAGUUGUUGGUCAUUUUCUGCUGGGAUCAAGUAUAAUCUUACAGUGUCUUUCUCUUUAUUAGCAUUAAAUAUCUUGUGAUAGUUGAAAUAUUUCCCAUGGACCCAGUACAUGAAAUAUUAUUCUUACACAGUAGUGAUUUUUCCUUUACAGCAUUUGUUUACUUUGAUAAACCAUAAAUUGUACAUGAUAUGCUGGGUAAUGUGAGAACUAUAAACAUCUAAUUUCAAAGUCUACAGCCAACCAGGAAUCCACUGCUCACUGCUGUAGUGUUUUGUGGGCCAAAUAAGUUACACUAUAAAACAGUAAUUAUAUUACUUGAUCGUUCAGUCAGGGUUGAGUGUUUUGUUCCCAGAUGUAAAUACUUGUGACAAUUAAUAUUUUAUGCAAGUAUUUUAUUGGAAUUUUCAUUUUUUUUGUACCAUAAAUAUUUGUAAAUAAUGAAAAAUCAAUGGAAAAUCCUUUGCAGUGUUAAUAUUUAUAAAUUUUUACACAGUAUGAUAUAAAUUUGUAUUGUGCUUGUCAUAUCUUAGCUUAAAGCUUUCACUUUUUCUGUAUCUUCUCCAUAUUCACAUUUCAUUGCAAAAACGUGAAACAGUAAAUCAGUGCUGAAACUUAUAAUUGCACAAAUGUCAUCACAACAUUUGUUUUUUUUUUUCCCCUCGUGUUUGCAUGCUGUCGAGUUUGUUCAGGCAUAAGUAGCCUCUUCCGGUAACAGAAUUCAUUACAGUUUUGUCAUGUCAUAAACUGGGCAUCCAGAAAGAAAUUUAAGGUUUUCUCUUGUUUUUAUAUCAACCUGACAUCUGCGUUGGAAUAGUCAUUGCACAUAAUAAAAUCCAACCAGUCUUUAUUCUACUUAUUUCUGGUUUCUAACAGAAAUUGGUAUCAGAAAGCACAUUAUAAUGUUCCCAAGUGCUUCAUUAAGAGCAAAUGCAGGGAAUGAAGUUACCAAAGAAACUUUAUUUUAUGAUACAUUCUAGUAUAAAAUGCUAGUGAUACUUUGUUGAUCUGUUUAUAGUGUACUGUUAUUUUACUUCGUGCUCCACCAAAAGUAGAGGGUAACAGGCAAGUUGCAUGAACUCAUCAGCACUCUGUUGACAUUGUUAAUUUUACCAAUUUUUUUACCAACACACAAUAAGUUUGUGUUACCAAAAUGUUGAUUAAUUGUAAUGAAGUAGUAACUUUUAUCAGUUUUUGCUAGUAAUGUACUGGACUGUUGCAUAUAUUGUUGCCUAAUUGCAGAUAUAACAAUCUUUGACACUUUUAGAAUACUGAGAAUGCUUACUAUCCUGGUCCAGCAUCUAUCUCUCUCUCUCUCUCUCUCUCUCUCUCUCUCUCUCUCUCUCUCUCUCUCUCUCUCUGUGUGUGUGUGUGUGUGUGUGUGUGUGUGUGUGUGUGUGUGUGUGUAUUACAGUAGUAGAGUCACCUUUUAACUUGUGCCUGUUGUCUUUAACACAGUCUAUUUUAGGGAACUAUUUCUAGACAAAUUACUGUAUUAACAGUUGAUUGCAGAGGAAACUAGAAGAACCAUUCACUGUAAAAAUUGUACUGUGGCAUCUGUGUAAUUCUCCAUCAGGCACAUAUCAUUAUGAAGAAUCAGUAUUUUGGGAAAUAUGUUUAAAGAACUUAAAAAUUUGCAUUAUUUUGGCAUAUUUACUGCAACAUAAAUUCUAUAUGUUACUACGCAUCUGGCAUACAUUCAAUGUGAAUAUGUUUGUAGUUCUAGGAGAAGCAUGAUGUUCGCAUGAAAUGUGAUAUUCCUAAUAUGCCAGGCAAUGCAAUGAGAACACAAUAGCUAGAAAAUUGGUAGAAGUGUUAACAGUUCAUGUGACUGUUAAUGUAUUGUAAUAGUGUGUCUGGUAAUUUGAUAUACCUUAAGAGUGUCUUAACAAAAUUUUUAAUAAUACAGUAAUGAUUAUGUUGGACUGAAAUGGACAUUUACUUACCAGUUGAUAAAAUGUGAAAGCAUAGGAAAACUAUCAGACACAAGAGAGGUGAAUAAAAGAUACAUAUCUUGAAUCUCUAAUUUUGAAAAUCUUAGUGACGAGGCAGUUAGUUAAGAGGAGGAGGAGGAGGGGGGAGAUAUACUGUGAUACGAGAGAGUUGGAAAUUACACCUCUGAGCCUCAUUUAGACAGGUCAGAUGGCAUGGAUAUUGACAGAAAUCACUGUGGGCUAUACCAAUAGAAAUUCAAAUUCUACAGUUACUUUUUGCCUAAUUUCCUGCACCUUUCUCUCAGAUUCUGUCUCGGCUUCUUCUGCCUGGCAUAUAAAUUUUCAAAAGCUGGAGAUUCAUUAUCUGUUUUAUCACUUGUGUUUUGUCAGGUUUUCCUCAGCUUUUUUGUUAAGUAUAUGUUCUUCUUUGUCCCACAUAUGUUUGUGUUGUGUUCUGCUUUACUUUUGUGAAUUUUAAUUAUACAGUGACUGGUUCUUGCACUUGACUUGCACAGAAACCACCAUUGGGAUAGUAAUGCCUGCCUUUACUCCCUUAUUUCAGGAUGAACCUAAGAUGUGAGGUGAUCUGUUCUCUGCCAACAAUAUAUGCAGCUUCCAGUAAUGUUCUUCUUUGGCAUAUAAGAAGCUUAAUAUGUGACUGAAAGUGAAUAAAUAAGCAAGUUGCCAGUUGCUCUCGUUUUUGUUUGUAGGAGUUAUUCUUGUUGUUCAGGUAUUUUUAAAAACAGGAGCAAGGGUAAAAUUGAAGAAGUUCCUUUAAAAAGGUAUCAGCUGAAAUUGUGUUACAUACUAUUUUGUUGUUCCAACAAAUAGCGAAAUGUUCUGUUGUCGCACUUUAUUGUGCAGUUCUGUUGUUUUUUUUUAAUUGUGUAAUGUAUAGUUUGUUGUGAGUACCAAAUUAUGUUAUAUACUUUCGUUAAUAUGUGAUUGAUCAGACAAUGUAAAAUAACUAGGAAGUAUUAUUGUACUGGAUGAAGGAGAGGGUGGUAGAAUGUGUUAUGCAUCUACCUAGUCAUGUUUUUCAUUACAAGUGACCUAUGAGAAAUAUAAAGGGUUUUAUGAAGCAGUGAACCUCAGCUCUAUGGUCCAGAGGACCAGUGGGUAUGUCUGAACAGUUCAUGAAAUAAUGCAUUUAGACUGAUGUAUUGCAAGCACGACACUAAAUAGUCAUUUUCCUGUGAUCUUUGUGCCAUAGGAAAUAUUUACAUUUUAUAUUUGUGAGCUUAAAUACAGGGUGUCCUCUCACAUGGAAAAACAGUAAUGAUUUGUGCAGUUGCUGAAAAAUGCAAAACAAUAUAAAAUGUGUUUGGGCUGCUGUUCUAUUUAACAAGCAUGUUGUCCGUGAGUUGCUGUCAAAAGGACCAAUAUGUUUCUGGUCAUUGUUGCUUGUAUUAUGUCUUUUUGGUAUCAAUGAAUAAAAACCAUUUUGCUCCUGGCGCAUUUUGAAAACUUAAUUUGUCAAAAAUGUUGACAGUGUAAUAGUGAUGGUGUGAAAACACUGUGCAAUUAGGCUAUAAUAAAAGAUUUUUUAAUAAAAUUAAUACAUGCAUAUAAUAUUCAGAAACAGAAUGAACAUGUAAGCCUGAUACACUGAGCUUUGAUUGUGUAUUCUGUGCUUGUUGGAAUUCAAUAAAAUAUGUAAUGAUAGUGAGGUUCGCAAACAAAUCAUGAAACGAGUGACAAUGGCAGAAGGAAGCAUCUUCAGCUAUUUUCAAAAUUGGAACUUAGUGUAGUAAACUUAGGUAUUGAGUCAGCUGUCACAUUUUGUGAACAUUGCAUAUUCAGUCUAUGUACCAUAAAUUUAGUCAUACAUGAAAAAAAAGAAAGACUGAAGAAUUGUUACUAAUAGUGUUUAAUAUGAGUGGGCACCCUGCACAAAGGAGUAAAUAAAAUAGAGAAGAGUGUGUGUGUGUGUGUGUGUGUGUGUGUGUGUGUGUGUGUGUGUGUGCGUGUGUGUGUGUGCGUGUGUGUGUGUGCGUGUGUGUGUGUGCGUGUGUGUGUGUGUGUGUGUGUGUGUGUGUGUGUGUGUGUGUGCGUGUGUGUGUGCGUGUGUGUGUGUGCGCGCACGCGCGAACAUGUGCAUGCUUCAGAGUGUGUGAGCGUGCAUGCGUGCGUUUGUACGUCCGGUUGUUGGUGAGGGAUAUUCAGACAUUUAAUUUGGAUAACAUUCAUUCUGAAAGAUCACAUUUUCAUAUUCAAAAGUCUAUUCUUAGCAAUUGUCAUUCCCAUAUCACUUUGUGUCUGGUUGUUUUAAUCAUUGUUAUAUAGAUCACAGAGCCUCUGAUGUAUGUUGUUUAUGUGCUAUUGUUAUGUGAGUAUUAAGAUUUAUUUUCUUCUUCCCACAGAAAUUUCAUUUUAACCAUGAUUGCUUUAGAAAUGAUCAACAAUAGUGUAUUUACUUAUUUAUUUUUCAAAAUGUAUACAGCACAGAAGGAGACACUGAUACAAAUUGCAUCACAUGGGACUUAAGUGUGUUAACAACUUCAAGCCCUCCAAAGAUUUUUACAGUACUCAGCCUUCACACAAAGGAUUUCAUGUUAGUGAAGAGCUUUAUUGCUUUCUCAUAGUUACUUAACUGGCUGCAGAUAACUGCAGUUGCAAAUAAAAGAUCUUUAUUUAGAAAGAUGCUGUCCCCAUAUUCCAUAACUCUGUGGUGUGUAUGAAGUCCUAGGAUGUGAUCUCUCAGGUUUUCUUGGGGCGGUUAAUUAAUUGUGUACGUCCAGUUGUUCUGUCAAGCUGCUGUUUCCAUUUUGAGCACAGUAUUUUAACAAGUAACCCAGCCAUCCUGUUCAGGUGCUGCAAGUUUUGUUAUGUGUACUUGCUGCCUCGGCUCCAUCCAGAUUGUGAACUGGGUUAGUCUCGUGCCAGUAUUUGUAGCAGAGUUUGAUUCCCAAUGCCAACUGUGCCCUUUUGUUUUUCACAGCCUGCACAGAUAUUCCAUGAAAUGCAAAUCCUCUCAGCAUUUCUCGUCUCUGGUGGAUGUGGUGGCCAGCAAGAUCUUAAUAAAUUGUAUGCCAGAUCCCAAGCUAGGUUUAAUUUGAAACUUCAUCCCUGUUUAACAGGUUUUUUAUUGAAAUAUGGAUGUCAGAAAAUGUAAUAAACAAGGCUGGAGACUUCAGUUUAAACAACACUUGUGGUUUGGUUCUCAAUUUGUUAAGAUCUAAGUGGCCUUCACUUCCACCAGAGCUGGAAAACACUGAGAGAAUUUGCAUUUCACAGAAUAUCAGUACAGUCUGAAAAACAAAAGAACUGUACACGGUGUAGUGUGCCUCAGGAAUCAAACUCAGCUACAAAUAGUGGUGCAAGCGAACAAUAAUACAGAGACUGCUAGGAGUCCAGGUAGUGAGUAUGCUCAACAGCAAAACUCUUAGCACCUGGAGAGGAUGGCUGGGUUGGACAUUGAAAUAUUACGCUUAAAAUGGAAACAAAUACUCAGUAGAUCCUGGGGAAACACCAUUAAGUCCCAGGGUGCUGUCCCUACCAUGAUAACUUAUUUGUGUGCGUGUGUUACAAAAGGGAGAGAGGUGGGGAGGGGGGGGGGGGGAGGGUUAAUAAUUAAUGAAUGUUUGUAAGACAUGAAUGAAAUAAGAGGAGCAGAAUGGUCGUUCAGAGCAUCGAAAUACUGUGUUCAGGUACUGAAUGUGAUGUAUUGUGUUUUUACUUGUAUAUUGUGGGCAGUGAGUAGUGGCGAUCAAAGAUGAAUGUUUCAAGUUAGACUGUAAUUCUUGGAAAUCGUGUGACUUGUAAGUUUUUAAUUCAAAACUCUCAGUAAUGAAUAUGUGCAAUUAUUUAAGAAUAAGUGCUGUUUGUGUCUGAAAUUGUAUAAUACAACCUGGCAGUUGCAUGUGUUCAUGCUAUUUGUGUAAAUUACCUAACAGACUUUUUUUUACUAUUGUAGAAAAAAAGCCAUUAUUCUCUUUCUCAGCUACACCAUUGUACGGAAGAAUUUAAUAGUGUAGUAUUUGAUGUUCAACAAUUCUAUAUCAGAUAACUGUGUGUUAAAUAAAUUAAGAAACAAUUUUCAAAAUA